AUUACAAGCCCAGGUCCAACCAGUGCUGGGGCUAAGGUUUACAUUCAUUUUCAAGCAUUCAACCGAUUCAGACUUCGGAGCCCAUUAGAAGUGACAGAAAUUCCCACUUUUUAAAUUUACAAGAGGAAAAUAAGACUCGAAGCAGCAGAAAAAGUCCAAAAAAUACAAAAACAGCUGUCAAAAAUAAAAUUGUAGAUAGUUUUAAUAUGUAGUUGUAGAUAUAUAAUUUAUGGAUUUAUUAGAAUAAGAUAAUUAUAAAUUAGAAGAAUAAUUGUUCUUUUUUUAAAAUCCGUAAGACCAUAAUUAAUAACCAUAAACAGCCAAAAGAUCUUACUUUAUCCCCACAAAUUCAACUGCUUGGGGGAGAAGACCGAAGACCAAAACGCUAAAAAGGAGAAGACAGAGAGAAACAGCCGAAUGCAUUCUUGCUCAGGAAGAAGGCCGAGAAUUAUGGCGUCCUCAUUGUCAUUACCUCAAAAUAUCAUCACCGACAUCCUCUCUAGAUUACCUGUCAAGUCCCUAACCCGAUUCAAAUCCGUUUCCAAAAACUGGGGCCACCUCACUUCCACCCCUGCUUUGGUGGCCACCCAUCUCAGCCGCUCUUCUCCCGAUCCAUCACUCCUCAUCCGCCGCUACAACACCCAAUCCGGUGGGGGAUUCGGGAUCUGGCUGAUCACUAACCCUACUCGAAAUUACGGCAGCCUUCUCUUGAAGAUCCCCUUGCAAGAACCGCUUCCUCGGUUUCCGAAAAUCGUGGGUUCCGUCGAUGGUUUGGUUUGUCUCGAUGUUUCCCCUUGUUAUGGUUCCGAAUUUGUUUUAUGGAACCCUGGAACUAAGCAAUUUAAAGGCCUCUUUCCUUUGAUUGCUUCCUCCAAAAAUAACCCUAUUUGGUUGGUCUUUCUUGGGUUCGGCUUUGAUUCUUUCAACAAUGAUUAUAAGCUAGUCAGAAUCGUUUCUUUUAGAAGAAAUGAUGCGUUUCCAUUUGUGAGGGUUGAAGUUUAUUCAUGGAGGGAUGGGGUUUGGAAAGAAAUACAAGAAAGUUUCGACUUUGCUGUGUUAUGUGGAGGGCAGGAUGGAGUGGUUGUUAAUGGUAGUUUGAAUUGGGUAGGCAUUGGAUUGGAAAGGUUCGCCGAUCGCAAGGUUGUUGUUUCCUUUGAUAUGGGAAGAGAGGUUUUUAAGACGAUACCAUUGCCAGCCGUUACUCGACUUGCAAAUGUGAAGGUCAUGUCUUACAUGGGAUCAUUGGCCAUUGCUGUAUAUCCAUUAGUUUUUGCUGCUAAUGGUGAUAAUAUGAAUCGUUUCGAGUUUUGGGUACUGAGUGAUUGUGAUGAUGGGAGUAAACAAUGGACUAUUAUGUUUGUGAUUGAGAAUUUUUCAAAGUCUUUGAUUCCAAUAGGUACUUGGAUAGAUCGUGAAGUGGUGAUUAAGAAUAUAGGAGGUAGAGCAAGAGAGGAUUAUCCAAGUUUUUUUUUGUAUGAUCCAGUUGAUAAAGGAACGAAAAGGCUUCCUGUUGAUUGUGUUGAUUUCUAUAUAGAAGGUUACAGUUACGUGCAGAGCUUGGUGUCAGUCAAUGGAAGAAGCUAGGAUGGUAGUGGAGCAGAAGCAUUCCAGAUGCUAGUGGCCUACUCUGCUUUCUCUGUAACUUCGAUUCUGCAUUAAUCUAAUGCAACCCCCAUGACAAGACAGUUAAGACACCCGCUUCAG